GACCAAGACCGAGAAACGGCACCCCUUUAGAAACCUCAGCCGUCACCUCGCUAGCUCAGCCGAGCCAUCCAAGCAAGAAGGUCUCGAGAGAGAAAGAUACAUCAAACAGCUACUGUCAUAAGAAAGAUGAGAUGAAUUUGGAGGAUACCCCUCGUCCUACACUGCACCGAAAGCGGCGCUGUAGCGGUUGUUACCGGUGCUGUUGCCGUUGCUGCUGCUCGAGUUCGAGUUUUUUCUAUUGCGUGGGAAUAUGUGUUUUGGUUUUCGUGGCGGUCAACUUGCUGGCGGGGCAAGCUGAGUAUUCCAUUGAGAGGGAAGAAAGAAUCCGUCACACUGCCGCAUGGACGAUACCGUCAGUGCCGGAGCAUGAUCCUUUGAAUGACAAACAUGAUGACCCAACAGUGCUUCAAGUGAAUCAGGAUACUUAUCGCUCCUUGAAUGUCGUGAAUGGGAUUCGUCCCACACAUCAAGCUUGCGAUGGAUACAAUGGAAUCUUGCUGAUCUCCCAGGGAGAUAUUGGAGGAGCUGCCGGAACGAUCUUUUUCCAAUUUGUCAUUGGUCAAAUUCUUUAUGCCGAAAGAAACAAUCUCAAGCCUUGGGUAUAUAUCAACAAUAUAUCUUAUGUCAUUUACGAUCCUGUUGUUCAUGGCGCCGGUCCUGGGGUGAGCUUUAGGGCCAUGGAUGGUAUGAAUGCCUCUCACAUUCUUCGACCCAAUGGCAUUUGGCGUGAUCGAAUUCCAGGACCUCCUGUGAAGGUGGGUCCCUAUGUACAAAAAGAAUUUCGCCUGGAAGGUACAGGAGUCUGGCAGCACUAUUUUGAACCAAUCUCGGAUUUCAUUCCAGGUGAUAAGUCCUGUGAGGACAAGCCUGUGGUACAAAUGGAUCUGUUCUUGAUCACCCCCGGGAUCCAUGGCUUUGCAGAAUGGGCACCUCGGUGCUGGCGAUACAGUUAUGCUCCUGACUACAUGACACUGCCUCAUAUCCCGCUGCACGAGUGGCUAGAACCCCAAAGGAUAAUUGCCAACAAUGUGGUGCAAAAGUACAUCCACUUUCGUCCUGAUAUUCUACAAGCUGCUCAACAAGCAAAUCCGUGGUGUUCCUUAUCGAAUCCUUGUUUGGGCCUCCAUGUUCGACAAUCUGACAAGGCUGCAGGUCGAAGGCAGAUUCAAACUGACGAGUUUCUGCCCUAUGCUAUAGCCUUCAUCAAGGCUGGUGGUAAUUUUAUGUACUUGGCAACGGACUCCACCAAAGUAUUGAACGAGGUAAACACGCAGUGGCCUGCCUAUGUACGGGAAAGAAUACGAACAAUAGGCGACAAUGUCAUUCGAUCGAGCGACGAACAAGCUGUGUUUGACAUUGGCGAUUCUUCUCAUGACCGCACCAACCGAGAGAUUUUGAUCGAGAUUGUCGCCUUGGCAAAUUGCCAAUUCAUGGUGCACGGUCUCAGUGCCGUGACUGAAUCGAGCAUUUGGAUAAACGUGGACUUACAUGACACCUCUGUGAACUUGGAAGAUCCCGAGGCUGUCUCUCCCGUUGUAUUUUCGACACUGGUGCAAAUGGUGCUUCGAGGAGAACCCCGCGGCCAUUGGCCUACACGACAAAAGCAACAUCACUGGUGGAAUCACCCUACCCCGCCAACACUUUCUCAAGGGGAGCCCACUCACCAGGCUUGUGAUGGCUACAAGGGUGUUCUGCUCAUUUCAAGGGUAGGGCCGAAAGACACCACAGGAAUGGCCUUUUUCAAUUCCAUUCUAAAUCAACUAUUGUACGCCGAGAUGCAGAAUCUCAAGCCAUGGAUUCAUCUGGGGCGAGAUUCCGCUGUGAUUUACGACGAGCAAGUCCAUGGGGGAGGGCCUGGGUUGGCUCUGGAGUUUUUGGACGGGUAUAUUAUAUCUACGGAGCACGACAAAAUGAACGUGUCUGCAAUCUACCCGGGUAUACCAGUCGAGGGAGGAGAAGUGUCAAUACAGACGUUGGAGGUGACUGGAAAUGGAGUUUGGAACAGUUACUUUCAGCCGGUCUCGAAGGAUAUGAGACCUGGGGACCAGUCCUGUCGCAAAGUUCCCCUACUCACCAUGGAGCCUUCGAUGAUUUCGCCAGGACUGGAUGUUUGGUGCCCGUGGUGUGUGCGCUCUUGGAGAUAUGAUGGCGUACCUGCUCACCUUUGGAAGCCUUCUCACCUCAAGCUUAACGAAUGGCAUGAAUCCAUGCGGCAUAAGGGGCAUAAGUUGGUUCAAAAGUACUUUCAGUUUCUUCCACAUCUGGAACGACGCUCCAACCAUGUCAAUCCAACAAAGGACGUCAACAACACAGUUGUUCCAUGUUUGGCUGUUCAUUUUCGAAACAGUCUAAAGGGGGGUCGCCAUCGAAAGCUUGUGAAAGCAAAGGAGUUUCAACCCUACAUGGAUGCCUUUCAGCGCGCGGGCGGAAAAGCAAUCUUUAUGGCAACAGACUCGCACCGUGUUAUGGAACUCAUGACAAAUGGUGAAGAAAUUCCUACCAGGUUGCAAGCAAUGAUUCGUUCCCAGGGCCGAUAUGUUGUUCGAAGCUCGGGAGGGAAGAAGAACAAAUGGCCGCCGCACGAGCUGGCAGACCACCAUAGAACGAACAGCGAAGUUCUUUUGGACAUCUUGGCCAUGUCCAAGUGUCAUUUGUUCCUUCAUGGAUCCAGCACAACCUCCGAAGCAGUCUUUUACCUAAAUCCAGGCCUGCACAACAACAGUGUCAACAUUGAAGAUCCGGAUAGAUUGUCACCUGACGGCUUUGAGCGCCUUGCACGGCAAGUGAUUGUGGACCUCAAAGCAAAACAAUCGACGACCGUUUUGACAGUGCCUUGGGGACCCGUAACGUCAAACCUCAUCAAAAGUCGCUUUGCCAACACCACUGUGCAGACGAGGGAUCCAUCCAGGCUUUGCAAGCGAAAUGCCAUCAUCUAUUUGGCUCAGAAGCAACACUCAACCUAUGGCCGGGACAGUUAUUCCAUUCUAAUGCAAUCCUUGAAGCUUAUGUUCAAGAACUAUCUGUCGCUUGGAAGACAUCGAGAGAACACAGACCUCUUUAUCUUUCACACUGGAGACUUUAAUGGAACAGACCUGCUGGACAUUGAAUCACAAUUCGGUCCAGAGUAUUAUGGUAUUGUGAGGCUUGUUGACUUGUCGGGUUCCAAGUAUUGGCAGCGUCCGGUAUGGCACCUUAACGACAACCCGAACAAAAACUGGUAUGCCUAUCCGCUGUUCUCCGAAGGCUAUCGGCACAUGAUGCGUUGGUAUGCGAUUGGACUGUGGGAUUUCUUUGAAAGGUACAAUCAAGAGACUGGAUGCUCAUACCGGUAUCUCUUCCGACUCGACGAAGACUCGUAUCUUCAUUCGCCAAUACGAUACGACAUGUUUGAUUUCAUGAAACGUAACAGCUAUGUGUAUGGCUAUCGAAUGUGUGCAUAUGAAAUGAAGGUCACGCAAAGGAUCCAGAAGAGAUUCCGUCAAAAGAGAGCUUCGUUUCGACCAGUCAGGGAAGUUGAUUUGGAGAUGUGUGGUUUCUACAACAAUCUCUUUGUGGCUGAUAUUGAGCAUUUUCGAAGUCCUCCUGUCCAGGACUUUUUGCGCAUUGUGGACCGUGAAGGCUUGAUCUAUCGCAGACGUCUGGGAGAUUUGAUGAUACACUCCUUGUCGGUGUAUUUCUUUGCCCCGGCUGAGAGAAUCCACCGUUUUCUCGAUUUUACCUACCAACAUGCCACGGAGAAUCAGACAUCGGGGUGUGUCGUUUGGGGCGGCAUUGAGGCUGGCUACGACGACCAGAAUGCCGAAACGACCCUGAAUGAGUACUAUCAGCGCAAGAUUGUGGACCUGAACUGUCCAAGCAAUGCGACUUUUCUAUCCGAAGCCGACCUUUCGCCAACGUAUGCCCACGUCCCAGCUGACUUGAAGAGGCGGCUCUUCCUCCACAACAUAAUGGCCGGCAACGUCGAGAGACCUGGAAAAGGUCCUCUGAGCGGAUGAAUAAAUACUAGUACAUCACACAUUGAAGACUAGCUACCGGUAGGGAUGCCUGUUGGGAGGACAACCAUAAGGGGGCCUGAGAUUCAACUACUGGCUUACUAUCCAGAGGAGAGAGUUAUCUAGCAAUCUAAAUGAAAGGCGACGGCUACUGGUACUGUAAAUGGCCACAAUAAUAUAACGAAGGAUUCAUAGAAACACAUUGCUACGAACGAGUACAAUUAUUGCAGCCAGUAAAAUAAUCUUCAAGUGCCCUAACAACGCAGUUACGUAUUCAAUUUUACUCCAUCCACCUACCGUACAGCAGUCUCACUCUUAGUUUGUUUGAUUGGAUGUUCAAAAACUCGCCGUCGAUCCCAACUCGGGAUGCCUGAUUAAAUGUUGAUUGACUUUCAUCAAAUGCGCCCUUGCUAGGAAUUGUCGUUUGGCCAAUUGACGAACGUGUUUGAGAUGCGUUUCGCAAUCGAGAUUUCCCAGAUAGAGGCAUCGAUCGAGAAAGUAGAGGGCAUCUGUGAGGGACGCAUUCUCGGCACUCAAAUCGAGCAUUUGUUGAUGAAUCUUGAGUACGGGUUGUACCACUUCAUCGAUUGAUUUUUCCUUUUGUGCCGUUCCAUUCUGCUGUUCUGCCUGUGCGGCCAUUUCCAGCCAUUCUUGAAUUUCGACCGUCUUUUCUUCGACGAUGGUUGAUUUUUCCUCCAAUGUAUUCUUGGCUUGUUGAAAGAGCUGUAGUUGUUUUUCUAGUUUUUCUUCGGCAAUAUUCAAGCGUUGCUGAUCUCGUUGAUAAUUUUGUGCCUGUACUUUGGUUUCCAUGGAAACUUCCUGCAAAUGUUUGAGUACCUUUUGCAAUACUUGCUCCUUGACUUGUUGUUUCUUUUGUAGCUCCCAUCGUUUCUGUGCCGCCAUUUGUUGGUCUCGUUCUUGUUCUUCUCGUUCCGCCUUUCGUGCCGCUUCCAUGACGCGAUUGGCUUCUUCGGCUUCUCGUGCCAAGCGUGCUUCUGCCUCGGCUUGUUGUUGUUGUUGACUUGUAUUUGAACUGGAAAGGAGAUGACUCGGCAUGGGCGGUGGUGGAUCAUUCACAACAACGGGUGGCAAUAUGGUUGCCGGUGGAGGAGGAGGUGGUGUGGCCGACGGAGCUCUGGUAAAGACGGGUGGAUCGGCGGAAAAGACACUCGACAUGGCCACCACCAAUUCGACCAAAUUGUGUGUCCGCAUGGUCCAUUCGUGCAGGUAGGGCAAGUAGACUUUUCCGUCACUCCCCACGUGCAUGUGAUUUUCUUUCAAGUACAUGUUCUCGGUCAACCUUACAUAUGCAACGGGAGGUCGAUGGGGAUAGCCGGGUGGCAAGUAGAGAUCGACCAAGAGCUGGUACGUGUUACCGCGAAAAUGCAUGGCAAUGGUGCCCUGCAAGACCAAACAGUGCGCCACUUCGCCAUUGUUCUCGACCAACGGUGCAAUGCCGGGAGUCAAAUGAUUUCCCACAGAGGACUUGAGCAGUGUCGAAGCGUCUCGAUCGACCCGAGAGGGAUCACGGUAGAGACCUCCCAAGCGGGUCAACGACCUGGUGACGCGGGGAUCAGAGACCAUGGGCAAGGACAAUUUACUAGUAUGAACUACUACCGGUAGUAGACAAGAAUAAACAACAACGGCAACAGCUUUGCUUCAGCUUGGUUUGUUGUGGUUGUGGUGCUGUCGAACAGAACGACCGAAUGACGAGAUCUCGAGGGUUGUUCCGUUGAAAAGUGUAGCGGGAUUUACUGUUUGUCGUGGGUUGAAGAUUUAAUUUUUUAUUUUCUGUGGUAAUUUUGAAG